CACAACACUCGUAUCUCGCGCCGUUCACUUGGUGUAAGGCGUUACUCUUGUGCGGACUUUUGCAUCGCAGACGAAAAGUUUGCUUUUGAGGGAGCGCCUGUAGGACACCUAGGACAAGAGUUUACUAAAGGCAGUGGAUGCCUCUGGUCAAGUGCCGGUCGGAAAUACCCAGCAUACUUCCAGGUUGACCGAUCCCGAGUCUAGCUUACUUCCUAAUACCCGGAUCUGACUACGCUUACCCACUCCAUAGGAUGGCCAAUGCUCCAAACGGGAAGAAUGUUCUCAGCAAGUUCGAAACUUUGCAACCUGUGGACGGAAAAAUCAGCUUCUUUGACCCAGAAACUGGACGGAUAAUCAAAGUCAAGAUUGGCAAACCCAAGAAAAGCCGACUUUUCAGCUUUUUCUCGCUGAAAAGGAAAUCAAAACCAACCACAGGCGAACAAGCGACAGUAGGAGAAGUUUGUGGAGCCUAUAGUGAAGGGGAGGAGCCUGACUACUACAAUGACCAACAGUCUGGCGCUGCCGCACCGUCUGCCAUUACCACAGGAGGAGAGCCCUCUCCGAGUCCAGGAACCAUCUGCUGGAGUUGGAUGGGGACGAUGACUCGUUGCCGCUUGACGAGAAGGGAGAUACUGACCAGGACGAGAGCGACUACAUGGUCGUGCCGGAAGAAGUGACACCCGUCGCACCAGUGCCCCCACCCGACAGCCCUUCUGGCUCAGACGGGGACAGUUACGACGAUGAGUGCGAGGAGGUGUACCGAGCGCUGAAGCGCAAGGCUAGCAAUGACUACUUGAACGUUGCGCCCCUGAGGGAGCCCUUGUACAGCAAAAUCGCUGAUGAUCGCAGGAGGGCGUCCUGUCCGAUAAACGACGAACCCGAUGACGACACCACGGAGCCCCAUGGACAUUCUAGCAAUGGGUUGUAAGUGAUAAUUCAUAGAAGCCCCCGCUAUGUUAAAUAGUAUGGCUCGCCACCCUAAUGACUGCAGCGCGUUUGAUGAAAUACAACAAAAAUUGGAACUGUCCGACGAGGAUAUAGUUCUUGGGGUUCAAAAUCAAAUAGAAUAUGAAACAAAUAAACAAAAGUAACAACGCAUGAAUCUUUACAUUUCAUCUUUACAGCAAUGAUUAACUCAGACAAAAUAUAUGUGGUGUAAAUGUACAAAUUUAUUAGGGCCCCAUUUGACCACAAAUAAUAUUCUACUUAUGUUGGUGGUCUACUGUUUUGCCAAUGUUUAUUGCGGUUUUGGUUUUAAAGGUGGUGUACCCCACUGGUAAAAUCCCGAAAAUCUGACUGCUGUAUAAUCCUGAAAUAUCGCACUUGAAAGAAAGUAGGCCUACACAACAGUCU